GCCCGCGUACAGUUGCUGCAGGACUGCCGAACUGAUAUUGAUAAGGUGGUAUCUCCCGAAACUCGGAAGAAAUCUCUGGUCUGGCAAUAGGAGAGGAAGGAACGAAACUCAAGAAUUAAGAGUCAUAUAUCUAAACCAUGGGGGAUGGUAAUGGAGUGUCGUUGCUUUCUCAAGCCCCAGCAUACGCUUCAGAAUGUUCCCACGAGUAUGACGGGGUACUCAUGCCCAAGAUCAUGCCUGCCAGGUGCAUCGAGUCGGUCAGGAACUUCAAAGUCAGAGAUGAUGAUCUCUUUCUCACAACCUACCCUAAAUCAGGUACUACAUGGGUGCAGCAGAUUGUUCUUCUCAUUCAUCAUGAUGGGGACAAAUCUAAACUGGAAGGCAAGCAUAUCUUCAAAAUGGUCCCUUUCAUAGAAGCUGUGGAAGGAAUGAACAAAGACAAUGCCGAUACAGCACGAAUGCAGUCCGAAAUCGCAGACGAAAUGCCGUCUCCCCGAAUCCUCAAAACGCAACUCCCACCACGUUGGCUCCCUCCGAGCGUCUAUGAUGGCUCUAAGGGCAAAGUCAUAUACAUCGCCAGGAAUCCCAAAGACAUGAUGGUCUCCUAUUUUCAUUUUUGUAAGAUGACCGUGAAUCUGCCUACCUACGAGUCAUGGGACGUCUUCUUUGAAGAGUUCAUGGCCGAUAGAGUACCAAGAGGUUCAUGGUUUGAUAGCGUUCUUUACUGGUGGAAGCGGAAAGACGACCCAUUGGUGCUCUUCAUCAAGUUUGAAGAUAUGAAAAAGGAUUUAAAGGUAGCAGUCAAGCAGAUCAGUGAGUUCAUGGGAAAGUCUUUUUCCAACGAAACCAUUGAGGGAAUCGUGGAGAGCAGUACCUUCGAUGCCAUGAAGAAGAAUAAAAACUCUAAUCCUGAUAGUUUGCCCCAGCUCCAGGCUAAUGAAAGUCAGAAGAAAACCUUCCUCAGGAAAGGAGUUGUAGGUGACUGGAUGAAUUUCUUCAGCGAUGAACAGAAUGCACGCUUUGAUGCGGUCUAUAAGGAGAAGAUGGCUGGAUCGGGAUUGGACUUUGUUUUUCUACAGGAAUAAGCAGAUACCCGUAAUUUGACCGAGCAUGACCUGAAUCUAGAUGAAAGAUAUUACCUCUGGUGCUAUAUAUAUUCCCUUUGUGCUCGUUCUCUGUAUUAAAACUUGAUACUUGGUGCAGUUGGAUUAACAAGGUAUUUUAUUUUUUUCAUAUUUACAGAUGAUGAUCAUGAAUAGAAAACUUAUAUGGCAUAUUAUACAUACUUGCGUUUACACUAAGAUGAUGAUCUCGUUAAAAUUUAGCAGAAUUACAUACAGAGUGAAUGAAAAUGAUAAAGUCACAAAAACCUUGUCAAUACAUGUCUUGAUGCAAAACUGUGAAAUAUUAUGUAGCCUAAAGGUAUAUACAUGUAGCCCUAUAUAUUAUGUAUAUAUGAUGUAUACAGGGACUUCUGUUAAUUCUUUAAAAACUUCUCUGGUCACAUAAAUAUAUGUACUGAUAGUAUGAUAUGAGGAUGUUAUAUCAUCGUGGAUGGUUUUUUUUUUACAGGGAUCUUGAUAUCAAAUGGUAUGUUUUAUUGAUGCUAAAUCCAAAUUAUCAAGUAUUAUACCAAAGACCGACUCUCCACCUUUCCAGCUAGGGUUUCUCUGUGCAUGGUGGUUCAGUGGUAGAGCGCCCUCCCAUGGACAGGAGGUCAUGGGUACAAUCCCCGGCAGAGUCAUACCAAAGACUUUUAAAAUGGGACCUCCUGACUUCCUGUCAGGCGCACGAUAUAUGGGAAUGGAGAAGGGUAGUAAUAACAUAUUAUGUUAUGCAGGGCCCACUGGAAGAACAGAUUACAGCUGAGAGUGGGUACCCUGUGUUAAUAAGUGUUAUUAUUCUUAUUAUUUAUUA